AGUGGGAGGAGCAGUUGCCCAGAGGACGCCUGGUGCUUCCUGUUUCCGGUUCCCGGAGUGGUGCACAGCGAGGCGUCUUGGGGAACGCUGGCCUUUGACACGAGUUGUGGGUCGGGGGCCUGCGGCUGGCCCCUCGCUGGCCCUGUCUCCCAGCCCCAGGCAGGUAUUCAGCCGGGGAUUCUGCGCCUUGGCUACUCCUUUUGCCCGUGACACGGCACACCUAUGCCGAAAUCAUCAGCAACAAUCCGUAGACACUGACUCUUCACCAAGGCCAGUGCCGUCCUCUUUGCUGAACACACAGUGUGCCCCUUUCCUGAAGGCACCCAGGCAGGACGGGAGGAUGUUCCCCUUCUGCAGCUGCUGGAGGACUGGGCUGCUCCUGCCACUGCUCCUGGCUGUGGCAGUAAGAGAAUCCUGGCAGACAGAAGAAAAAACCUGCGACCUGGUGGGAGACAAGGGUAGAGAGUCAGAGACAGAGUUGGCUCUACUGAAGAGGCUGCAGCCACUGUAUAACAAAAGCUUUGAGAGCACUGUGGGCCAGGGCCCAGAUACAUAUAUCUACAUGUUCAGGGUGUGCCGAGAAGCUGGCAACCGUACCUCUGGGGCAGGCCUGGUGCAGAUCAACAAAAGUAACGGCAAGGAGACAGUGGUAGGGAGACUCAACGAGACCCACAUCUUCAAUGGAAGUAAUUGGAUCAUGCUGACCUAUAAAGGGGGUGAUGAAUACGACAGGCACUGCGGCAUGGAGCAGCGUCGUGCAGUGGUGAUGAUCUCCUGCAAUCGACACACCCUAGCGGACAAUUUUAACCCUGUGUCUGAGGAGCGAGGCAAAGUCCAAGAUUGUUUCUACCUCUUCGAGAUGGACAGCAGCCUGGCCUGUGCCCCGGAGAUCUCCCGCCUCAGUGUGGGUUCUAUCUUACUAGUCACGUUUGCAUCACUGGUCGCAGUCUACGUCAUCGGGGGGUUCCUAUACCAGCGACUGGUGGUGGGAGCCAAGGGAAUGGAGCAGUUUCCUCACCUCGCCUUCUGGCAAGAUCUUGGCAACCUGGUAGCAGAUGGUUGUGACUUUGUGUGCCGUUCUAAACCCCGAAAUGUGCCUGCUGCGUAUCGUGGUGUGGGGGAUGAUCAGCUGGGGGAAGAGUCAGAAGAAAGGGAUGAUCAUUUAUUACCAAUGUGAUUGCACUUUAAAUGCCCAGCUGCUUCUUCAGUCCCCCAAACCAAAGCAUACUCAGCCAGAUCUCUUAAGCAGCGUCCACUCCAGUCUCUCAUCCCCCCCUUAAUAUUGCUCUUGCUUUCCAGUUUGCUUGAUUUGCAUUCUCUUCUCACUAGCAGAAAUGCCUUUCCUUUUUCCCCGAUUCUGUUUUUCCUCUAGAGAGGUGCAGUUACAGGACAGAGAGAAAAUGAUAGGGCCUGUGCAAAAGAGGCUAUUACACUAUCUCUUGGUGUCAGAAGGUACAAAUAGGAUAGUUCUAGUGAGCAAAAAAGCGUGGCAGGCUCCCUGACCUUUUUAAACACAUUUUCACAAGUUUUUGAGACACUGGAUUUGUUUAAUUAAAAAAAAAAAAAAAAAAGGCAAGAAACAUUAUUUAUACAAGGUUUGAUUGCUUUCAUGCCGUUACUCUGCACCCUACAGUGGUCUCCAUGAGAAUCUGGAUGUGAUCUCUUGCUGCUUGGAACUACUCUACAGUGAUCCUUUGGUUGCAAUCCAAGUAUUGCCAUUUGGUCUGAGCCCGGAGAUGUUGCAGACUUCUCCCACCUCUGGGAUUGGGAUGGGGAAGAUGAUUCAUUUCCCACUUAGAGGAUUGUAAAAUACCAUCCCAUCAGGUGUUGGCAUUGGAGUGACCUUCUAGCUGGAACUGGGCCCUGGAUUGUGGGUUCAUGGUCAUUAGUCCCCAUGUGGCUGGAAGUCUGGUCUGUUGAAGAGGGAAAGUGAAUCGGACCCCGUGUGCUCCAGGGGUUCCAGAAAAGGAAGUCUGUUUACCUGUAGUGGGACGUCCUCAGUGGCUUUCUUCUCCCACUUGCAGUAAAAGCUGGUAGAGCUUUUCUUCUAAGAUGUUUCCCUCUACUGGUAUUUCUAAGUACGUUGCACUUUCUUCGCAGGCAUGUCGACCUUCCCCCACCCGACCCUACCUACCCCCCAAAAUCUUCUGGAAAGGGAAUGAAAGCAGAGGUGGGACAUCUAGGGCUCUGCCAUCCUGCGCUCUGGGUGUGGAAUGCUGCCGCGCUUGUCCCUUCUGGCUCAGGGAAGGACCUUCUUGCCCACAGCAGUUCUGUGGGGGGAGGUUUGGAAUCCUCUGAUGCUACCACUUUCUUGUUUAGGCCAUGUGCCCACGAGCCUGGCCCGAUCUUUCUGUGAUAGUGAACUUGGGCCAGUGAAGAGUAACAUGGCUCCACUGGACACAAGAGGACGGGGUCAACAGGCAGGGGCCUUUUAUAGCCUUUAGGGAAGAAAAUGAAAUUAUUUCAUCUUUGGACUUUUGGAUACUUUUGGAAUGAUUUUUUUUCUUCUUUCUAAAACAGGGAAAAUAAUGUUAUAAAAACA